GAGCAUCGGCGCUCGGAGCAGGAGAACGAUGGACAUCGCCAUCAGCCACCCUUGGCUCCGCCGGCCCCUGGGCUUCCCCUCCUCUUUCUUCCCGUCCUCUCUCUUCCCUCCUCGGCUCUUCGACCAGCGCUUCGGCGAAGGGCUCCUGGAGAGCGACCUCUUCCCGGCCACCCUCUCGCCCUACUACAUGCGGACCACGCCCGCCCUCCAGGUCCCCGAGACUGGGCUCUCCGAGGUGAAAAUGGACAAAGACAAGUUCUCUGUGUUGUUGGAUGUGAAGCACUUCUCCCCGGAGGAGUUGAAUGUGAAGGUGGUGGGUGACUACAUUGAGGUCCAUGCGAAGCACGAGGAGCGCCCAGAUGAGCAUGGUUACAUCUCACGGGAGUUUCACCGCCGCUACAUGAUCCCCAAAGGGGUUGAUCCGGCAGCAAUCACCUCAGCCCUCUCUCCAGACGGAGUGCUGUCCAUCACGGCACCCACCGCCCAAGCUGCCAUCACUCAGGAACGGAGCAUUCCCAUCACCCGCCAGGAGAAGCCUGCCGUCACUGGAAAGUAAUAGCUGUCAUUUGCUGCCAGAAGCCAGUGUCUCAGGCCUAUACUCCCCUCGAUUGUAGCUGCAAGGGCUAUUCAUUCGGAGCUUUGAAAGAAGUGACAUUUCUGCUUCCCCCAAACUUCCUUCUGGGGGUGAUCUGACAACAGAGACACUCUCGCCUUUAGGGUGGUGAUCUUCUUAGUACAAUUUUCCUGCACUUGUGUGGGAUCUUCUAGGAAUAAAUAUCAGGUCUUUUCCCCCUUCUGGCUUACAAGUACCUUGCUGUUGCAGGCUUGCUCUGUACUACUGUCCAUGCUGAACUCACUCACUUUGUAUGAAUUCCGAUAUUGCUUAAUUACAUGUACAUGCAUUAAAAAAAGUUAUUUGGGAUAUACUUGCUAAUAAAAUUGAAGUUACAAUCUU